AUGGCGUUUGGUGAUUCAGAAAGUAAUCAGCAGAAUUCUCAGCAGAAUGAAGGAGAUAGAGGUAAUCUUGAUCCUUAUUUUGUAGCAAAUUCGGAUAAUCCUACAUCUUCUUUGGUAGCUAUGGUGUUCAAUGGUGUGAAUUUCACUCGCUGGAGUAGAAAUGUUAAACGUGCACUAAUUGCUAAGAACAAAGAAGGAUUUAUUAAUGGAGAUAUUCUGAAACCUGUUGAAAAUCACAAAGAUUUUUCUAAGUGGAAACGUGCGGAUUUUAUGGUAGUUAGCUGGAUAUUGAGUUCAAUGAAUAAUGAUUUAGCUGAUGAUUUUGGAUACAUUUAUAAUGCUGUUGAUCUUUGGAAAGAGUUGAAUGAAAGGUUUGGACAAUCUAAUGGUCCACUGAUAUAUCAAUUAAAGAAGGAGAUUGAUAAUUUAAAUCAAGAAAAUAUGACCAUAGUCACAUAUUAUGGGAAACUAAAGAAAUUGUGGGAUGAAAUGCAGAGCUUAAGAGCUUUUCCUGCUUGUGUAGCAGAAUUUGAAGAAGAGGAUAAGAUGAUGAAAUUUCUGCUUGGUUUGAAUGGAGGAUUUGAAGGAACUGUUACUAAUGUUCUGUCUAUGGAUCCGUUGCCUAGUAUAAACAAGGUGUUUUCUAUUACUCAACAAAUAGAAAAACAGAAGGAGGUUAGCAGUGCUCUUGCUGAAAGCAAUGCUAUGAAUAGUAGUGCAAUGGCUGCUCAGAUUCAUAAUAGUGGUCAGUUUCAGAUAUCCACUAAUGGUCAAGGGAGAAAGGAUUGGAAAGACUUAAAGAAGGAGAAAAUGUACAAAGUUUGCACUCACUGCAAAAACAAAGGUCAUACUAUUGAUCAAUGUUUUAAGCUGAUAGGUUAUCCAGAUUGGUACAAUUCAAUCAAGGCAUCAAAGGGGCUUCAAUCAACUGGAGACAGGCUUGCAGCUCAUGUGCAUUCUGCAGAUGUUGGUGAUAAUCCACUGGAUGAUACAAUUGCUGAUUGUGGCACUGUGAAUAAUGAGAUGUUGAAUGCUAUAUGCUUAGAAGUCAUGAAAACAAUGAAAGGGAAGCAUGCACAGAAUGGUGAAACCAGUGGUGGAAAUUCUUGCUCAUUUGCCAACUAUGCAUGUAUAAUGUCACAUUCUUUUAAUUGCACUGUGAGUAGUUUGCAUGAUAAGUGCUUGUGGAUUGUGGAUUCUGGUGCAUGUGAUCACAUGACAUAUGAUGAAACUUUGCUGAUAAAUAAAAGGAAACUGCAAAGCUUGAUUAAAGUUGGAUUACCUGAUGGAACUCAAAUGACUGUGGACACUAUAGGUGACAUAAUUUUGAGUGAUAAGCUGAUAUUGAAUGAUGUUUUGUUGGUACAUGGUUUCAAACACAAUUUGCUAUCUGUUGGAAGAUUGAUAGAACAUAAUGGAGUUCAUGUUGUAUUCACUGGUACUGGGUAUUCUUUCCAGGACCCUGUUAGUUUCAAGGUGAUUGGUGCUGGACAAAGGUUACAAGGUCUAUAUUACUUUGUCCAAGAUACAGACUGCAACAGCUCUAUUGGAAGAAAUAAUAUUGGCAUAGUCAGAAGGGAAUUGCAUUGUAAUACAGUAGCAAAUGUGAUUUCUCAUGAUGUGAGCAAUGUACCUAGAUUGAGAUUGCCUAAUAAGACUGCAACUAGUAUAGGACAGUCAAAAAUAGAUACUCAAGGUCAAUUAGAUCUUCUUCAUGCUAGAUUGGGGCAUCCAUCUCUGACAAAGAUGAAGCAUAUGAGUGCUGAACAUUCAACACAAAUUUCCAUUUCCUGUAAGUGA